UUCGAGGUUCGGACUACUUCUAGAAACGUAGUGACUCCAUAAAUGGACCGACUGAUCGAUUGUUAUUGAUCGUGAUUAUUGAAAGGCUUCCCAUGCCAGUUUGACGGAUUUUCCAUCGGGCUAUGGCUACCCCUCUCCCAUAGGAACAGAUCUGAUUCACGUCGGUGAAUAUUGUCAAGGAUCAAAGGAACUUCCACCGGAUCUGAAGAGCUUUGUUGAGGAUCCAACUUCAAAAGGAACGAUAUACAUAGCAUUUGGAUCUCUUGUUAAUUGGAAUGCGGCUAAACCAGAGAUAAUAUCCACAUUUUUCGAUGCCCUGAAUACCUUCAGUGACUACAGAAUCAUAUUCAGCUAUGCAGGUCCAGAGAACGAUAUACUCGCUCAUAACAAAACUGUUUUAUUUUUCACCCAUGGUGGAUUGAAGAGUAUAAAAGAAGGUAUUUGCUCGAAUACCCCCAUGCUUUUCUUACCUUUCUUCGCGGAUCAACCUCGAAAUGCACUUUUCGCUCGUCGUUUGGGUAUCGCUGACGUGAUCUAUAAAAUGAACAUAACAAGAGAAGAACUGAGUUCAAAAAUCAAUCGAGUACUUACGGAUACCAGCUUCGCAAUCAACACUCGAAAGGUAGGUACUAUUUACAGACUUUGUGAGAAACAUCAAUGA